GCCCCGAGAACGCUCCUUCCGGUUUUGACUCCGUCGCUGUUUGUAGACAUGGCGAUCCGCUACCCCAUGGCCGUCGGCCUCAACAAGGGCCACCCCGUCACCAAGAACGUGACGGCGCCGAAACACAGCCGCCGGCGCGGGCGGCUCACCAAGCACAGCAAGUUCGUGCGGGACAUGAUCCGCGAGGUGUGCGGCUUCGCGCCGUACGAGCGCCGCGCGAUGGAGCUGCUCAAGGUGUCCAAGGACAAGCGCGCGCUCAAGUUCAUCAAGAAGAGGAUCGGGACCCACAUCCGGGCCAAGAGGAAGAGGGAGGAGCUCAGCAACGUGCUGGCCGCCAUGAGGAAGGCCGCCGCCAAGAAGGACUAAAAGCUGUU